UACUGUAAAGUACAACACACUUGACAAGCCUUCUCAUCUUAGAGGCGCAUCAGUGCAAAAGAGUGCGGCAGGUGUACGAUUUGCCAUUUUAAGACAGAAAAUUGAUCUAAGAGAUUUAUUUAGCUCUCAUUCACAGCUGGACCGUCUCACCUUCAGGUCACUGAGAUGUAUAAGGUAGACACGUUGAAACUAUUGACCACAGUUGCUCUGCUGACUGUCGCUUCGGUGUUGGAUGCUGCUCCGCUGAUGCCUGGAGAACCAGAUGCUUUCGGAGAACCAGCUGAUGGAGAUCCACAGAGAAAUACUGAGGAAAAUGCAGCACAAGCGACAAGGAUUUUCGAGAAGCUACUAAAGACCAGACCAAUGACGACAUUUCCAGACGGAGAUGGAAAACCCAUAGCGAUGAAAGCAUUAGACAAAAUAAUUACAGCGACAAGUAGCCUGAAUAUCAGAGACAAAACCUUAGACACGGGUGUCAAUAAUCCAUUAAAGACACUAAUACUUCUUUCUGAUGGACACGAGGAGAUUCGUGAUGGAUCUCUGAGGAUUGACCGCACAACCAGUUCACCCGAUUCCCAACAGCAAACAGAGAGGAACAGACUGUUCAGACUUUCAAAGGUGAUUGAUUCAAAGGAGCACGGCGACACUCCAUCAGCAGCCGACCAAUCAGAUCCGGUCACCGGCGACCCGGCCGCACGAGAGGAGCUGGUGAAGAUGCUGAGUGCUCUUGAAGAGCUUCACAAGUUAAUGAACAGCACACUGAGCCAUCGAAUCACCUUCAUAACCAGAGGAAAUAGCAACGGACGAAGUACUGGGAAGAAGAACAAAAUGACAGUUACAGAUGGAAACCUGAAAUCCACCACAGCGACCACUAUAGACGGCGGUGGGAUUUCACCGAAGGCCAGCACUGACCAAAUGGAUCCCAAACUCAACGGAAAAGCCUUUAAAAAGUCUCUUCCAUCAGCUAAGAAAACCAACAAGCGAGUGUGCUUCUGGAAGUACUGCUCUCAGAACUGAGAUCAGCAGCCCAUUUCUCCCUCGUUUCACCACGCAACAAAUCCUGUUCUCAAACAGAGAUGCUUAAACUCUUCUCAAAGGUCCAUCAAUAACACGACUGACCCCUCUGACCUCUGUGACGUGUGUACCUUUGACUUUGUGCACGAAAUGCUCUUAACCUUCGAUCUACAACACCUUCGUUGUUGCAAGCUCCAAUAAAAAUGACA